AUGAAUGAAUUUCUCGAUAAAUAUGGAACCGAUACAACCACAAACUUUCAACUUAUGAGAUGGGCGAAUGAGUUAAAUAUAUCACCGUUUUAUUAUUGUAUGAGAGAUGAAAUAAAUGAUCUGAAAUAUAUGAAAGAUCAAAUCGGAGACACUCUUCAAGGUGAUUUAGAUAUGAACAAUUUUACCAUAACUAAUUUAAAGUCUCCGGAAAACGAUAAUGACGCCGUUCACAAGAAAUAUUUACGGGAACAAAUAAAUUCAAUUGAAGUAAAUAAAAACCAUUUAGAAGAUAAAAUAAGUAAUGUGAAAAGAUUCUUCAAACGUCAACUAAAUAAUAAAAAUGUUGUUAAUGAUACUAAACUACAACAAGAGGUAAAAAGUUUUAUUCAAAAAGAAUUGGUCAACGUUGCGAAUAAAACUGAGUUACAAAAUUUAAUUUCAUUAAUAUCUAAAUUAGAGGAUAAGAUUGCAAAACAAAAAUUAGACAUUCAACAAUUGAUAGAUAACAUUCCAGAUGAAAAUGAAGAUACGUUUCAACAGAAUUAA